AUGCUCUCUACAAUCCCUAACAUAGCCACUCCACUGCAACAACGCACCCUUUCUCCCCUUCCUAACGACGACAGCAGCGCUCAAUCGCGGUGCACUCCUCUACGUACGGCGACAGCACGGUGCUCUCCUCGACGGGAGCGGUGCUCAAUCGCAAGAAACCCCUAUCCCUUCUCUUCUCCUUCUUAUUCUUCCUCUAUUCCUCUGUUUCCAGGUGGACCCUCCGUUUGCAGUGCUGUCAUAGGAGCCACGGGUGAGCUCACAAGAGGGAAGAUUUUUGCGGCUAUAUUCGCUCUCUACUACAGUGGCUUCCUUUUUCAUGUUCAUGAGUAUGCGAUACUUCUAAAUCUGGGCUCCCUUCAAGCAAUAUCAAUGAAAGAUUGUGUACUUAUAUUUGAAUAUAAUUGUAAAGGAGGGCAAGCUUUUCUGGAGUCAUUGUUGCCCAGGUUGAACCCCAAGAACAGUAACGGAGGGCUAUCAAUGCCAUUUGAACUCGAGAUUUGGCUACAACUUGCUUAUAGUUGGAUGAGGUUUUCUGAAGAGAUAAAGGAGAUUCUUGGCACAAUAGUAAAGCACAAAGUCCUUUUGGUUUCAAAUGAAAAAAUUAAUUUUUUUUUGUUCAAGUUCAUCAUGAGAAAAACAUGUAUUUUAUUUGCUUAUGUUUAAUUUUUAUUUGACUUGGUAACUUAGCAAGUAUAUGUUAAUUGAUACUUGGAACACCUUUCUAUAUACAUGCAAUAUAUAUUAUUAGCCUAUUCUCCCUA